AUGGAGAAGGCCCGCAUUUCCAACAAAGUCGCGCAGCAUGCAGAGCUCGGGGAUGUCGAGACGGCACAUUACGCUUCAGCGCCAGUCGAGAUUGAUGCCGCAACGAACAAGGCGCUGUUCUGGAAAAUCAACAAGCGUAUCCUCGGCGUGAUGCUGGUAACUUAUUUCUGCCAGUCAUUAGACAAAGGCAGUCUCGGCUUUAGCUCUAUCAUGGGCAUCCAGAAAGAUGCUCAUCUCGUUGGUCAAGAAUAUAGCUGGCUCGGAACGAUCUUGUACAUGGGUAUUCUAGCAGGCGAAUAUCCCCAAAACUUCCUUCUCCAGAAGCUGCCUGUUGCAAAGUUUCUCGCGGCAAACGUCUUUUGUUGGGGCACGGUAGUUGCAUGCUCCGCUGCUUGUAAGAGUUUUGGCUCUUUGAUGGCAGUGAGAUUCCUUCUGGGUUUCUUCGAGUCUUGCGUCCAGCCCACGUUCGUCAUCUUGACUUCGAUGUGGUACACUAGGGAAGAGCAGUCUCUGUUAACUGCAUUGUGGUACUGCAUGACCGGUGUGCAGCUUAUGGUUGGAGGCCUCCUCGCUUACGGAAUCUCGCACUACAAUGACGGUGUGAUCUACUCAUGGCAGCUGCUUUUCUUGGUCCUUGGACUUGCCACCAUUUGCUGGUCAAUCUGCAUCGGGUGGAUCCUUCCUGACAGCCCCAUGAAGGCCAAGUGCUUCAAUGAGGACGAAAAGCGUCUGAUGAUCGAGCGCGUCCGACAUAACCAAACCGGAAUCCAGAACAGGCAAUAUAAGAAAUACCAAAUCGUCGAAGCCCUCACCGACCCCUUCGUAUGGUGCUGUGUCCUGCUGAUUACAGUGGCCAAUCUCAUCAUCGGCGGCCUCGGAGUAUUCUCGAAUCUCAUUAUCAAAGCCUUUGGGUUCACCUACCUCCAAACUCAACUUCUGAAUAUCGCUCAGGGCGCCGUCACGAUCAUCGUGAUGCUGGGAUCUGCUUACCUGUCCCAGAAAACCGGCCAAACCUGUCUCAUCAUGAUGCUUUGGAUGGUUCCCGCCAUUGUCGGAACGGCCGUCAUUCUUGGGAUCGCUCCUACCAGCUCAAAUGCCGGCGGACUUCUCAUUGCCUUCUACUGUACCCAAUUCUUCCUUGCCCAGGGAAACAUGAUCAUCUCACUCAUCUCGCGGAACAUUGCUGGGCAGACCAAGAAGGGCAUCUGCCUCACCAUGACCUUCAUCGGGUGGGCUGCAGGUAACAUGUCUGCUCCUCAGAUCUUCCAAACUGACGACGCUCCGCGAUAUACCCGCGGAUUCAUCGCACAUAUGAUAAUUUACGGCAUCUAUUUCGUCCUCGUGAUCUUGACGAGGACUCUCUUGAUGCGAAGAAACGCGGCGAAGAGGAAGGCUGCCGCUGGCGCUCUGGGGAACGUCGUUGAAGGUGAACAGAUUUCCCACUGCUUCGCUUUCCAAGAUCUUACAGACAAGGAGAAUCCGGACUUCAGAUACGUGUACUGA